GUCGGUCUCGCCCUCUUCUUAAACCCUAGCCGCUUCCUCAGUUCUUAUUUCAAACCCCUGAACCCUAAAACCCUCUCCUCUCCUCUCCUCUCCUCUCCACUCUCGCAACUCGGUCCUUCUUCCUCCUCCUCCAGCUUUGCAGGGAUGGCGUUUUGCAACAAAUUGGGUGGCCUCUUGAGGCAGAGCGUUUCCCAGAGCAGCUCUUACCCUAUGGGAUCUAUGAUGAACACCGCCCGUUACAUGUCUAGCAAGCUCUUCGUUGGAGGCCUUGCCUAUGCUACCGAUGAUCAGUCUCUCAAACAGGCCUUCGACACCUAUGGUGAAGUCGUUGAGGCUAGAGUUAUCAAUGACAGGGAUACUGGAAGGUCAAGAGGAUUUGGGUUUGUGAGUUUCUCAAACUCGGAGGCUGCUAGCUCGGCAAUGUCAGCCAUGGAUGGACAGGAGUUGCAAGGUCGCCCCAUUCGUGUGAGCCUAGCCAACGAAAGGCCAAGUGCUCCUCGUGCUUACAAUGACAGCUACGGUGGUGGUGGUGGUUAUGGUGGUGGCAGCAGGGGAGAUUACUAGUCGCGUUCCAUGCUUCCGUUGGAGAUGGCCCUCGUUCCUACUCUUUGCUAAUUCGGAGAGUCGUCUUCUUUUUUUAAGACAAUGCUAAAACUAUUUUUUCCCCUGUCGUGGAUUUGUUUUUGUCAAGCACAUUGAAUAUGAUUGUCCCGGUUUGUGCAUCUUGCUAUGCUUUUAAGUAAAGUAGGGGGCAGCAGAGGGUGCUAAGUAAGUAGGAAGCUGUGCUGGUCAUAUGAUCAUCUCGUGUUAACGUGCAUUCCUGUGAAGGUGUGUGUUAAUAAAGGUGAACAUCUUUAAGUUUAAAGACUCUGGUAGUCUGGUUUGCUGCUUGAUACCAAAUUUCAUUCGGCGCUGGUGUUUUCAGAUGUUUCUGGGAUUCAUAUCUGGUUGGGAUUUGGGUCUUCUGCCUAGCUCUGUGCUCCCGUCAG